AUGGGUAUUUAUGAAGAGGCGAAGAUUCGUCUUAAUGACAUUCAAAACCGAAUAAAUAGGAUACGUGCAGCUGGAGUUGCAUUAGAAAAUGAACCGACCAAUAAGACUUCAUUAACAAAGUUCCGAAUGAUGUAUGCUACCGUCCAACGUUUGCAAGAGGAGUUCGAAGUUCAAAUGUCAAUUAUUAUCAAGCAACUCGGAAAACCUGAAAAAGAGCAAAAACCGGAAGACAAAGUAUGCUCACCCGAUGAGCUUCGUGAAAAAUUCGAAGAGGCAUAUUUUAGUAUCAUGAUCGUGGCCGACGAACACAUACCUGCAAAGCAACUUUUAGGGCAAAAUGCAGAUGAAACAUUUAUUGAAUUGAAUGGCUCAAGGAAGAAUACACCUAACUUUAUACCUUUGGAAAAAUUGUCCAUCCCACGUUUCACGGGCGACCCUAAGCAAUAUAUGGGUUUUCGUAAUACGUUUGAUACGGUCGUAAAUGAUAAUUUAUUUCUUCAACCGGUUGUUAAGUUCACUUAUUUAAAAUCGUAUUUAGAAGGUGAACCACUGAAUCUGAUUAACAACUUAAUGCUCAGUAACGACAAUUACUUUUUAGCAUUGAAAAUACUGAAUAAUCGCUAUUCAAAUCGUCGUGUAAUUGCAGAGAGUCAUUUCAAGCAACUCUGGGAGAUGAAAAAGGCAGUAUUCAAUGAUGAAAAGUCUAUUAGACAAAUGUUAAACCAUAUAUCAGAGUCAACCGGUGCAUUAAAAAAUUUAAAUUAUGCCACGGAUCUAUGGGAUCCGAUAUUACUACAUCUGUUUCAACAAAAGUUGGAUGGACAACUACGAGCACAGUGGGAACUGCUUGUAGAUACCAAUGAGGAUCCAAGCGUUACCGAAUUUUUAACUUUCCUAACUAAGUUCUGUAAUGCAGCAUCAGCAGGAAGUCAAUCUGAAGGAGGGCGGGAAAAGCCAAAAACCACAUCCCAAACCAAGACUACUGCGUUGCAUACAGUUCAAUCAAAUCAAAAACCGACUACGACAAUGCGAAAAGUAAAGUACGAAAAAGGAAGUAACUAUUCGUGCCAGGUGUGCCAGUCGAGACCUGGACACUUGCUGAUUGCGUGCCCAGUCUUUAAAGAAAAAACACCUAAGGACCGACAUCAAAUCAUAAAAGAGCUGAACCGCUGUUACUUAUGUUUUAGUGAACAUAGAAUUGCUCAAUGUAGUAAUACUAGGGUGUGUUCAGAAUGUGGUGGACGCCACCAUUCGUUGUUACAUUUAAGAACCACGGAGAGUGAAGAGCAACCGGUGACCGCAAACACGACUAUGCUUUCAGCUGCUAAUGAGAGACCUGACCGAUGCCGUGUGCUUUUGUCGACCGUAGCUAUUCUUGUUCAAGAUGUUAAUGGUGAUUACCAAGAGUUUCGAGCUUUGUUAGACGGUGCCAGUGAAAGUAGUUACAUGACGGAAGUUUGUGGAAGGAAACUAGGUUUAGCACGACAGAAAUGUAAUUUAGUGGUUCGAGGAAUGUCUGACGUGCAGGUAGCAUCUAUUAAGUCUCACGUCAAUUUAAACCUGCGCCCCUUAAGAAGCAGUACUCCUGAAAUAAACAUCAAUGCUUAUGUAGUUCCUCGGAUAACAGGGUUAUUACCAUCAAGACGCGUAUGGAAAGCCGAAUGGCAACAUCUAAAGGGACUUGAGUUGGCAGAUCCCAGGUACGACGAGCCAAUGCCAGUAGACAUUUUACUCGGCGCUGAUGUCGUCCCCUAUGUUACUCGAAGUGGUCGUAGAGAAGGUACAGGGACGGAGCCGGUUGGGCUUGAAACUGUGUUUGGAUGGACACUUAUGGGAAACACUGGAGCUACAACCAUGGAGACAGCCAACACAUUCGUAACUGCAUUGGAGGAGAUUGAUUCAACACUACGUCGUUUUUGGGACCUGGAGGAACUACCAAAAAUCCGGCAUCAGACCCCAGAAAACAUAAAAUGCGAGGAGUUAUACACCGCCACAACUACAAGAAAACCAGAUGGUCGAUACGUGGUGCAUCUUCCAUUCAUACAAAACCCACCACAUCUAGGAGAGUCCCGAGCGAUGGCAACGCAGCGGUUAUACAAACUCGAAAUCCGACUAGAGAAGUCUGAAGAACUCCGUCAGCAGUAUAAUGUAGCCAUGCGAGACUAUCUUGAUGCAGGUCAUAUGAAACCAGUUGACUCAACUGAGACUAUGACUUCACACUCCUACUAUACUCCACACCAUGUAGUACUUAAGCCCGAGAGUUUAACUACAAAAGUACGGGUGGUGUAUGAUGCGUCUGCAGUUACUUCCAAUGGAAAAUCUUUAAACGAUUGUCUAUUUCCUGGACCCAAACUUCAGCAAGACUUAUCGGGGAUUUUAGUACGAUUCCGAUUACAUUCCAUAGUUUUCACUGCAGAUAUAAGGCAAAUGUUUCGCCAAAUCGCUAUCACUGGCGAACACCAUGCAUAUCAGCGACUUCUAUAUCGUUUUCAGCCUACAGAUCCAGUGCAAGUGUUUGAAAUGACAACCGUAACGUUUGGACAGCGUUCCUCGCCCUUUUUGGCCAUUCGAACCCUCCACCAAUUGGCUGCGGAUGAAGCCGCAAACCAUCCAGAAGUUCAAAAGGUAAUACAUACCGAUCUUUACGUGGAUGAUGUAGCAACUGGAACGAAAUGUGAAGAAUCGGCUCUUCAACUGCAGCAAGAUUUAAUUAAUGUGUUCAAGCGAGGAGGCUUUGAUCUACGAAAAUGGUCUAGUAAUUCCAUUGCUCUGCUUGAAUCUGUACCACCCGAACACCGACAAACCGAGGCAGUGACCUUUGAUGAGCCAACAUCAGACUAUACAAAAGUACUUGGGUUAAAGUGGGAACCCAAAAAUGACACGAUAGCUUACCAGUAUCAACCUAACCCGGUGAGGUAUAGUAAACGAGCGAUUUUGUCCGAGAUUGCCCGCAUCUAUGACCCGAUAGGUCUUUUGACGCCGGUAAUAACCAACCUAAAACGGUUAAUGAAGUAUUUAUGGGCACUGAGAAUUGGUUGGGAUGAUGAUCUGCCAGUAGUGGCCAAGGAUGCUUGGACAAGAUAUCACGAUGAGUUGCCUUUUAUUGCUUCAGUAUGUGUGGCCCGGCGGAUUACCGUCGAGGAUGCUAACUACGAACUCCAUGGAUUUUGCGAUAGUUCGGAGAGUGCCUACGCCGCCGCUGCCUACCUUCUAGCACGCACAUCUAACGGUCAGAUCCAAGUUCACUUAUUAAUGGGAAAAUCUAAAGUGUCUCCGGAGAAGAAACUGUCGAUUCCUCGACUUGAACUUUGUGGGGCACUACUAUUAGCACGUACGAUCGAUUAUCUCCGUUCUAAUCUGAAGUCAUUACCGAUUAACCAGUACUAUGCUUGGACUGACUCUAUGGUGACUCUUGCCUGGAUCAAUACACCAUCAGCUAAUCUUAAAACUUUUGUUGGUAAUCGGGUUGCGAAAAUCCAAGAACUUACUUCACAAAAGAUAUGGAGGUACGUUCCAUCGGCACAGAACCCCGUAGAUUGCGCAUCACGUGGUCUUACACCCAGCGAAAUUGUUGACCAUCCUCUGUGGUGGAAUGGUCCGACAUUUCUUCGACAACCAUUGGACACUUGGCCACAACAGGCAAAUAUGUCAGAUACAGAUCGUGCCGAAAAUCAUUCUGAAGAAAAGUUGAUUACCUUACUAGCAACUGCUACACCUACACAAUUAGACGAAAAUUGUGUGAUUCUUUACGCGUCAUCCGAACUUUCUAAGGUUCUCCGUUUGGCAGCUUAUUGGUUGCGACUACGUCAACGAUUGGGUAGGCCACCCAGGGUGCAAUACCAAACCAAUCGCCCAAGCGCGCAAGAAACGAGAGAUGCGUUACAGGCGUUAAUAAGAUGGGUCCAGCAUAUACACUUCGCUGAAGACUGGAACUGUCUUAGGCAAAACCGACCGUGUACACCCAAACUUCGCAUGCUUGGCGCAUACUUGGAUCUCGACAAUGAUCUCAUCCGCGUUGGAGGACGCUUGAAGAACUCUGACUUGCCUUAUGAUGCAAAACACCCGAUACUACUCCCAAAACAAUCGCAAUUAACCAUUUUAUUGAUCGACUAUGUACAUAGUCUUCAUUGUCAUCCCGGACCACAAACGACGCAGAAUAUUCUACACCAGGAUUAUUGGAUCUUAUCGGCUCGUAGCGUCAUACGUAAACGACUACACCAGUGCAUCCCUUGUUUUCAGGCGAAGCCAAAACCCAUGAAUCCUAUGAUGGGAGCGUUGCCUCGAGCUCGUGUUGCAAGUAUCAAAGCGUUUGCACAGGUAGGAGUUGACUUUGCAGGCCCUUUUUGGGUAAAGGCCGCUUUGUUACGACGAAUUCAAGCCACAAAAGGUUACCUAUGUAUAUUUGUCUGUAUGGCAACUCGAGCAGUUCAUCUCGAACUUGUAAGCGAUCUAACCACGUGCCUGUUUCUAUCAGCCCUUAAUAGAUUCAUUAGUCGACGUGGUCGCUGUGAAGCUAUAUAUAGUGACUGCGGCACUAAUUUUGUGGGUGCGAAAAACUACUUGGAGGUAAUACAGAAAUUGAUUAAGUCCGACGAAGUAGAGAGAGGUCUUGCGACCCACCAGAUAAGAUGGCAUUUGAAUCCACCCGCUGCUCCACAUAUGGGUGGUCUAUGGGAGGCAGCAGUAAAAUCCGCUAAGACCCUCUUACAUCGAACGAUCAAAGAACAAAUUCUGACCUACGAAGAGUUGAACACCAUCUUUCACCGAAUUGAGGCAAUAUUAAACUCACGUCCAUUAGGUUCCAUGUCAUCAGAUCCUAACGACCUACAACCACUAACCGCUGGACAUUUUUUAACGUUAGAACCAAUCGUUACCAUGCCGACGCCAGAUACAAUUAAAACCUUACCAAAGCUGGGACUUCACCAACGCUGGAAACUAGUCCAACAACUGCAACAACAUUUUUGGGAACGUUGGCAGCAGGAAUACUUGCAUACAAUUCAAACCAAAUCCAAAUGGAACAAAAUUGAAACCAACCUGGCUCUAGGGGACCUUGUAAUUAUUAAGGAACCAACUCCACCCCUCACAUGGAAAACGGCUCGAGUGGUAGAAGUCUUUCCAGGAGAGGACAAAAUAGUUCGAGUCGCCAACGUCCGGACCGCAGAGGGAAAAAUUGUAAAACGUCCAGCGGUGAAACUGUGUCGCUUGCCAUUAACUUUUGAAGGUAACUAG